AUGGGACCCUCAAAGACAUCACCCUCCGAGGCGGCACCAGCCUACGACGAGCACGGCUUCCACGACGAGCAUCCCGUAAACGCGUUUCCCCCAUCAGGAUCAGCCUCAGCCUACGCGACAAUCCCGCAGAACGACGAGCGCGAUAUCGAGCUGGCACACGAUCACUCGGGACCAGAUCCGUCGGCCCCUUUCAACCCCUUCAAGCCGCACCAACACUGCGAGACGUGCGACAAGUUCACGUCGGCGCGCGAGGUCAGGGCCAACGAGAGGCACUGCUGCCUCUGGGUUGCCAUAGUGUUCAUAACAAUUAGCGUCUCGAUGGCGGUGAUGGGAAUCGUUGCUGUCGAGGCAAAGUUCAGGCAUCACAAAGAUUAG